CCAAGAUGGCUGACACUAUGGAGGAGUAUGAAAAAGACGCUGGCUGUGUCCCGAUAAUACACCCGGAGGAAAUCAAGACUCAGAGCCAUUAUAACCAUGGUUACAGUAGUGAAUCUCUCGGGCGGAAAAGCCACAUGGAAGAUUAUAGCACAUGGGAUAUUGUCAAAGCCACGCAGUAUGGGAUUUACGAGCGCUGCAGAGAGCUGGUUGAAGCAGGCUAUGAUGUGCGACAGCCUGACAAAGAAAAUGUGACUCUGCUUCACUGGGCUGCCAUCAACAAUAGAAUAGAUCUGGUGAAGUUCUACAUAUCAAAAGGUGCUAUUGUUGAUCAACUUGGGGGAGAUUUAAAUUCUACGCCUCUCCACUGGGCAACAAGACAGGGGCAUCUGUCCAUGGUUGUCCAGCUCAUGAAAUACGGUGCGGACCCGUCGCUUAUUGAUGGAGAAGGCUGCAGUUGUAUUCACCUGGCUGCUCAGUUUGGGCACACGUCUAUUGUUGCAUAUCUCAUAGCAAAAGGACAGGAUGUAGAUAUGAUGGAUCAAAAUGGAAUGACUCCUUUGAUGUGGGCUGCUUACAGAACACACAGUGUGGAUCCCACUAGGUUGCUCCUCACCUUUAAUGUGUCUGUUAAUCUUGGGGAUAAGUACCACAAGAACACGGCGCUGCACUGGGCUGUGCUAGCAGGAAACACUACCGUCAUCAGCUUGCUGCUAGAUGCAGGGGCUAAUGUUGAUGCCCAAAAUAUAAAGGGAGAAUCCCCUCUUGAUUUGGCUAAACAAAGGAAGAAUGUUUGGAUGAUCAACCAUUUACAAGAAGCAAGACAAGCCAAAGGUUACGACAGUCCAUCAUUCUUCAAAAAGCUAAAAGCUGAUAAGGAGUUCCGUCAGAAGGUGAUGCUUGGAACACCAUUCCUGGUGAUUUGGCUGAUUGGUUUUAUUGCUGACCUUGACAUUGACUCCUGGUUAAUCAAAGGCCUAAUGUAUGGUGGUGUUUGGGCGAUGGUACAAUUUCUGUCAAAGUCCUUCUUUGAUCACUCAAUGCAUAGUGCCCUCCCACUUGGCAUCUACUUGGCCACCAAAUUCUGGAUGUAUGUCACCUGGUUUUUUUGGUUUUGGAAUGAUCUGAACUUCCUGUUCAUCCAUCUUCCAUUCCUGGCAAACAGUGUUGCCUUGUUUUACAACUUUGGAAAGUCCUGGAAAUCAGACCCUGGUAUCAUUAAAGCCACAGAAGAACAAAAGAAAAAGACAAUAGUAGAACUUGCGGAAACAGGCAGUCUGGAUCUGAGUAUAUUCUGCAGUACCUGUUUGAUCAGAAAGCCAGUGAGGUCCAAGCAUUGUGGCAUUUGUAAUCGGUGUAUAGCAAAGUUUGACCAUCACUGUCCUUGGGUUGGCAACUGUGUUGGUGCAGGAAACCAUCGCUAUUUCAUGGGAUACCUAUUUUUCCUGCUAUGCAUGAUUUGCUGGAUGAUUUAUGGCUGUAUCUCCUACUGGGGAAUACACUGUGAUACAUCUUACGGUAGAGAUGGGUUUUGGACAUACAUUACACAAAUUGGCACUUGUUCACCCUGGAUGUUUUGGAUGUUCAUUAACAGCGUAUUCCAUAUGAUGUGGGUCGCUGUUCUACUCAUGUGUCAAAUGUACCAGAUAUCUUGCUUGGGCAUUACCACAAACGAACGUAUGAAUGCAAGAAGAUAUAAGCACUUUAAAGUCACAACCACGUCUAUUGAAAGCCCUUUCAACCAUGGAUGCAUCAGAAAUAUUAUAGACUUCUUUGAAUUCAGAUGUUGUGGCCUCUUCCGCCCUAUAACUGUGGACUGGACGAGGCAGUACACAAUAGAAUAUGAACAGACGUCUGGCUCAGGAUACCAGCUGGUGUAGCAGACCCCACACUGCGGACCUGUGGCACCUGAAAUUCUGUUAUUGUCUCUUGCGGAAAAAAAAAUGCCCCUUGAACUAUAGCAUGCUGUUUGUAGGGCUAACGAUGAAUCUUACAGUACCUUCUCUCUGUCAGCGUUUUAUCAAUGGGAGUAAACACGGACAGCACAUGCUGCCCACACUGAUAUCAAGGAAGAAAAAGAAGAAAGGAUUAUUUUGAGCAGUGAAUCUGUGUUGCUUUCUUAUUUUAUGGAUUAUUUAUUUAACAACAUUCACAACACAGCUUGGCAUUGCGCUCUUGACAUGCAGUCUUGUUUCUAUUGAAAGAAGUCUUUUCAUUGCCCCUUAUUUUUUUUUUUUAUUAUUUGUUUUUUUAAGUGACUUGUUGCUUUGUAGUGCAUAGCCAUAAUCACUAUUAUGGCCAUGUUUUGUCUAAGGAACUGUGGCAUUUUAUCGUAAUCUCCCACAGGUGGGCUCUGUUAUUGUGUCUGAAAAUGUGAAUCUUUUAAACUAGGCUAAAAAUUCGCACUUUCCUUUUUCUUUUCUCAGAACAGCUUCUUUGGCGUGUUGGUGAGGUGGGCUCAUAAGGAUCAAGUUUACCAACCGAGAAAGUUCCAUAAAUGUUAUUACCAUCUGGUUCUGGAGCUGCGGGAAUGCCUUGCCAUGUUAGAACUUUUCUUUCCCCCCAGUUAAAUAGUCCUUUGCAUGUUCCAUCGUGUUUGACGUUGGUGUACAGUAAAAGGAGGAUCAAAUCUC